GCCAUCUUCGCCCGACCUUCUAAAAUGCGGCGAGUCUUGCUAACGUCUGACACGCUGACGCUAUGUAAAAUCGGUAUUUUAGCAACCGUUACGGGUGGCUGGUGGAAGAGUUUGGCGUGCGGCCUAGUACUGCACAGAAGCUUGUUCGCACGACGUGCUUCACACAACAUGGCAAAGUUCGCCGGCUCGAGGGUGGCGAUACAAUGUCGGCGAGCGAUCUUGUGAGACGGCAGGAGGAUGGCCGUGAUGCGACAUUUGUUCGUUACGAUCGAUUCGUUGACAAGAAUGCACGCUUCAAGAACAAGCCAGUCGAGAUGGAACGCCGAGACAAGUUUGGGCAGCUUCUGCGUGUGGUCAUCGUGCCGAUCACCGCUGAGAUGGACGCGCACCUUCACGUUGAUGGUGGACCGCGGACAUACGCCCUCGCUGUGAUCAGGACCGUGAAGAUCGAGAAACGGCAUUCACUCGGUAUGUCAUACUAUUCGCAGAUGGGUCCGGUGGACGUGGUCGAUCUCGAUGCCGUGCGAUUCGUAGUCGGACGUGUGUACGAUCCUAGUCAACGGCUGUGGGCAAUUGUUGACCGAAGUGAUAUACUGGCAUCAACACAAGUACAGUGAUAGUACACUAAUAUUGAUCUCCGAGUCCUCUGCGCCGCGCGCGCUGGUCUAUCCUAGUUUGCGUGACUGUGAUAGUAGUGAAUAGUACGGAGUGAUCCAUCCAUACUUCGCAUGAAUUUCCCCAAGAAAACGGAUGACUUUCA